CCCUGGGCUGUCCUUGUCCGGCGGCCUCUGCUGCCGCCUCCGGAGACGCUUCCCGAUAGAUGGCUGCAGGCCGCGGAGGAGGAGGAGGUGGAGUUGCUGCCCUUCCGGAGUCCGCCCCGUGAGGAGAAUGUCCCAGAAGUCCUGGAUAGAAAGCACUUUGACCAAGAGGGAAUGUGUAUAUAUUAUACCAAGUUCCAGAGACCCUCACAGAUGCCUUCCAGGAUGUCAAAUUUGUCAGCAACUCGUCAGGUGUUUUUGUGGUCGCUUGGUCAAGCAACAUGCUUGUUUUACUGCAAGUCUUGCAAUGAAAUACUCAGAUGUGAAAUUGGGUGACCAUUUUAAUCCGACAUUAGAAGAGUGGUCCGUGGAAAAGCAUACAGAACAGAGCCCAACGGAUGCUUAUGGAGUCAUAAAUUUUCAAGGGGGUUCUCACUCCUACAGAGCUAAGUAUGUGAGACUAUCAUAUGACACCAAACCUGAAGUCAUUUUACAACUUCUCCUUAAAGAAUGGCAAAUGGAAUUACCCAAACUUGUUAUUUCUAUACACGGGGGAAUGCAGAAAUUUGAGCUUCACCCACGAAUCAAGCAGUUACUUGGAAAGGGUCUUAUUAAAGCUGCAGUCACAACUGGAGCCUGGAUUUUAACUGGAGGAGUAAACACAGGUGUGGCAAAACAUGUUGGUGAUGCCCUUAAAGAACAUGCUUCCAGAUCAUCUCGAAAGAUUUGCACUAUCGGAAUAGCUCCAUGGGGAGUAAUUGAAAACAGAAAUGAUCUUGUUGGGAGAGAUGUGAUUGCUCCUUAUCAAACCUUAUUGAACCCUCUGAGCAAACUGAAUGUUCUGAAUAAUCUACAUUCGCAUUUCAUAUUGGUCGAUGAUGGCACCGUUGGAAAGUAUGGAGCAGAAGUCAGACUGAGAAGAGAACUCGAGAAAACUAUUAAUCAGCAAAGAAUUCAUGCUAGAAUUUGUCAGUGUGUCCCUGUUGUGGCACUUAUAUUUGAGGGUGGGCCAAAUGUUAUCCUCACAGUUUUAGAAUACCUUCAGGGAAGUCCUCCUGUUCCAGUUGUCGUGUGUGAAGGAACAGGCAGAGCUGCAGAUCUACUAGCAUAUAUUCAUAAACAAACAGACGAAGGCGGGUAA